AUCUGUAAAAUUCCUUCAGAACACAUCAGAGUUCAGCAAACCUGCAUAUAGAGGAAUUUACUCUCGAUCUUGAUUUCUAAUUGAGUCUACUCGCAGUCUUUACCACAUCUUACUUCAGCAAAGAUUAAGAUGUUUCGCCUGUGUUGUGGGAAGGUUGGUUUUCUCUGCUGUUUAUGUGACAUUGUGAACGGUGAAAGGUGGAACUGUUUCCCCCUCACGGUUCACAGUGUUUAGUAUGUAGUUUCUGUGAAGCCAGUUUUUACCAGCUGUGAAGAUACAUUAUGUUUAAAUUAACGUUUUACUUUUCUCUGUGCAGUAUUCAACCAGCUGUCAUAGAACUGGUGGCAGACAAAAUCAGGAGUGUCCCUGCUCCUGACGCUCCGUCUGCCAUCCAGGACAAAGACAUUACAGCCCCGUUGAGGUACCGCCUCUUCGGUCGGCCAUUGACAAAAACAAGGAAGGAAGAUUCCAAAAACGAGAAGGAAAACGCCACCACCUCGGACGGGAAAAAGAAGAAGAAGAAGAAGACCAAGAAGGGACGAUGGUGGCGUUGUAGCAAGAAGACGUGUCGUGUAACCCCAGCCCCAGAGGAGGAAAGCCCAGAGAAGUGCCGCUCACCUGCACUUGAGAGACCAGCUGAGGAAGAGGGGGAACCACAGAAGGACGGCGUGGUUCCUCAGGCCCUGCCAAAGGAGGAGGAAGGUGGGACCAGGAAGAAACUGAGGAAAGAUCACCUGAAGUGCCUUGGGUUUCCCAACCCAGCACAAAUUUGUUAUCUGAACUCCAGCCUGCAGAGCCUCCUGACGUUGGAGGACUUCGUAAAAGACAUUGAACACCAGGAGCAGGUUUGGAGUCUGGUCCCAGAGGCCGCCAUCCUAAGAUCAUUUUUCAACAUCAGAGAGCAUCACUUCUCCAGUGAUGCUCAACAGAAACUCCGCCUUCUUGCCACUUUCAAGAAGGUGGUGGCUCUGUGGGCCCCAGAGUUCGAGGACCUCCAACAGAAAGAUGCCCACGAGUUCCUCACAUCUGUCCUGGAGCAGAUGAGAUACUGGGGCCCACAGCUGCAGGUGCUGGCUGUAGGCAUGGGCAGGACCUACAGGUGUCCUGUUGAAGAGCACCUGGUAUUUAAAAUGCAGAACACCAGAACAUGCAAGAGUUGUGGAGCAGGGUCAUCAAGAGAGGAGGAUUUCACCUGCCUGUCUUUGGACCUUCCACCUGGAGGAGCAACUGUGGAGAAACUCCUCGAGAAUUACCUGAUGGAGGAGGAGUUGGAGUACAGAUGUAACUGUGGAGCGACAACAUCAGGCCAGCGCUCUUCAUUCACCACCCUGCCAAGAGUGCUGAUGUUACAUCUCAAGCGUUUCAAAUAUACUCCAACGUUUGAGCUGCAGAAGGUCCACGACCCCGUCGUCCUUCAAAGAGAGCUGGUGGUGUCUUCCAGCGAGGGUGCUGCGUGCUACACUCUAGUCAGCACCAUCAGCCAUAUCGGCGGAACAACAAGAAGUGGACAUUACAUCUGUGACGGGGUCGAUCCAGAUGUAGGACAGGUGGAGGUGACCGACCGCUGGUUCACCUAUAACGACGCGGUGGUCACUACAACGAGCGGGGCCUCUGUGUGUGACCGGCGGCAGAGAUCCUGCUACAUCCUGUUCUACCAGAGACAACCGGAGGACUAGACGACAGGAGACCCAAGGACACUGGACCGAGACGCAGCAGGAGGACCAUCCACCAGACGAGGCAUGAUGAGGUGUGUCCCAGAAGAGGACGGAUGAGGACCGAGACCAGGAGCGGAUGGACGAGAAGAGGACCAACCAUGCAGGACGUGACGGGAACUGGAGGACGCGACAAAGCCCUCAGGGGGAGGGGUUCCCCCCAGAGAGCCAGGUUCCUCCCAAGGUUUCUCCCUCAGAGGGAGUUUUUCCUUGCCACAGUCGCCCAAAACCUGCUCAUGUGAGCAGAGACAGGUUCAAAAUUUUAGCUCCAGGUAGGAUUUUUAGUGUCCUGUCAACCUGUACAGGCUUUGUCUGUACCAGGCUAUGGCUUGCUCUCUGGGGAAGAUGGUAAGGAUGAAUAGAAAGGAAAGUAUAAAUAAAUCAUUUCAAUAGUCAUUUCAAUAAUAAUUAAAUUCUUUCAAAUUUGAA